GAAAUUUAGGUGGAUAGGAGUAGAGGAAAGUUUUGCUCUUUUAUUUUAUCUGCUUGCUUUGCUUUGCUUGUAGAUAGAGUGAGAUAGAAAGAAAUGGCCUCUUCAUCGAUUCUGCCAAUCAACAAUGCCGACCUUUCCUUCUCGAGGCCAGUUUCUUUCUCCUCUUCUUACUCUCCGCUGCUAUUCGAGAUGAGCAGACAAAGAGAUACAAGAUUGGUUACUCGAAGAAUGAGAGGAAAGGCAUUCCGUGUCCUGGCAAAUCCAAAUGUUUCUCCAGGGAAGUCAGAUUUCAAGAAAGAGGUGAUCAUGGUUGAUCCAUUGGAAGCCAAGCGGUUAGCUGCCAAACAAAUGGAGAAAAUUAAAACGAAAGAGAGAAUGAAAAGAAUACGAGAAAUUGAAUCUAUUAAUGGAGCUGCAGCUAUGAUUGGCCUGACAAUAGGCUUGAUCAUCGAGGGUCGAACUGGACUUGGCAUUCCUUCUCAGUUGGCUGGGUACUGGGAAGCUAUUAUCCAUUUCUUUCUCAGGUAAUUUACUGGCUUGGGCAUUGCUGGAAAACUGUAAUAAUACCGCACUUCUAAAUUCAUCACCUUUAUCAUAGUACCCAACUGAAUUCUUGUCAUCCAUUAUCCCUUUUUAUAAUGCAAUAUGAAAGUUUUAUUAUUUGUCACUCA